AUGGGUGGCUCAACGGCAGACGCCCAGAAGGAUGGGCCGGCGAAGGAUGCCGCGCCGCAAUCCAGGGGCUCCUUCACGUCGGUGUUCAUGCACGCGGACGCGGCAGACGUGGCGCUGAUGGUGCUUGGCCUAGUGGGCGCCAUCGGCGACGGCCUGUCGAUGCCCGUGGUGCUGUUCCUCAGCAGCCGCAUCUUCAACGACCUCGGCAACGGCCCCGAUCUACUCCAGGAGUUCAGCUCCAAGAUCAACGAGAACGCGAUGAACCUCGCAGUCUUGUCGCUGGGUCGCUGGGUCAUGGCAUUCCUAGAGGGGUACUGCUGGUCACGGACGGCGGAGCGGCAGGCGUCUCGGAUGCGUGCGCGGUACCUGGCGGCGGUGCUCCGGCAGGACGUCGAGUACUUCGACCUCAAGGUGGACUCCACGGCCGAGGUGAUCGCCAUCGUCUCAAUCGACAGCCUGGUCGUCAUGGACGUCCUCAGCGAGAAAGUCCCCAACUUGGUGAUGAACUCCGCCACAUUCCUAGGAAGCUACGCCGUCGGCUUCGUUCUCCUCUGGCGCCUAACUUUGGUGGCUCUCCCCUGCAUCCUGCUCCUCGUCAUCCCCGGGUUCAUGUACGCCCGCAUCCAGAUGGGCCUCGCGCGCCGGAUCAGCGAGCAGUACACGCGACCGGGCGCCAUCGUAGAGCAGGCCGUGUCCUCUGUGCGCACCGUGUACUCGUUCGCCAUGGAGCAUGACACCAUGGCGCGGUUCUCGGGUGCGCUGGAAGAGUCGGCGAGGCUGGGGAUGAAGCAGGGAUUGGCCAAGGGAGUUGCCAUAGGCAGCAACAGCAUCACCUUCGCCAUCUACGCCUUCAACUUCUGGUACGGCAGCCGCCUGGUCAUGUACCACGGCUACCAGGGUCAGGGUGGCACCGUCUACAACGCCGCCGCCGCCGUCAUCAUCGGAGGCAUGGCACUGGGGUCUGCACUGUCGAACCUCAAGUACUUCUCGGAGGCGAGCGCAGCGGCGGAGAGGGUACUGGAGGUGAUCCGGCGGGUGCCCAAGAUCGACUCAGGUAGCGAUACGGGCGAUGAACUAGCCAACGUGGCAGGGGAGGUGGAGUUUAAGAAGGUGGAGUUCUGCUACCCGUCGAGGUCGGAGAGCCCCGUCUUGGCUAGUUUCAGCCUGCGGGUGCCUGCCGGGAAGACGGCUGCGCUGGUGGGGAGCAGCGGCUCAGGGAAGUCGACGGUGGUGGCACUGCUGGAGAGGUUCUACGACCCGUCAGCGGGGGAGGUGGUGCUGGACGGCGUGGACAUCCGGAAGCUCAGGCUCAAGUGGCUGCGCGCGCAGAUGGGGCUCGUGAGCCAGGAGCCCGCCUUGUUCGCCACGUCAAUCCGAGAGAACAUUCUGUUCGGCAAGGAGGACGCCACGCCGGAGGAGGUCACCGCCGCCGCCAAGGCCGCCAACGCGCACAACUUCAUCUCGGAGCUGCCCCAGGGGUACGACACACAGGUGGGUGAGCAAGGUGUCCAAAUGUCUGGAGGGCAGAAGCAGAGAAUUGCUAUUGCCAGAGCAAUCCUUAAGUCACCCAAGAUCCUCCUCCUUGAUGAAGCCACCAGUGCAUUGGACACUGAGUCAGAGCGUGUUGUACAGGAGGCACUUGACCUGGCCUCCGUGGGCCGGACGACUAUUGUCAUUGCACAUCACUUAUCCACAAUCCGCAAUGCUGACAUGGUUGCUGUCAUGCAGUACGGUGAGGUCAAAGAGCUGGGCUCCCAUGAUGAGCUCAUUGCUGAUGAGAAUGGCCUCUACUCAUCGCUUGUUCGCCUUCAGCAGACUAGAGAAUCGAAUGAGGCUGAUCACGUCAGUGGAAGUGGUAGUACUUCCACUGUGGAGCAGUCCAGUGGACACAAUAUGAGAAGGAGAUUCUAUGGGGCUAGCAGGUCAAACUCGGCCCGGUCACUUGGGGAUGCAGGGGAUGCUGGCAACACUGAGGAGCCAAAGCUUCCUCUGCCAUCCUUCAGAAGGCUGCUUAUGCUUAAUGCACCAGAGUGGAGGCAGGCGCUUAUGGGAAGCUUGAGUGCAAUUGUGUCUGGAGGCAUCCAGCCUGCUUAUGCAUAUGCUAUGGGAGGCAUGAUCUCUGUCUACUUCUUGACAGAUCAUGAUGAAAUCAGGGACAAAACAAGGACCUAUGCUCUCAUCUUCAUCGGUCUUGCGGUGCUUUCAUUCUUCAUCAAUAUUGGACAGCAUUAUAACUUUGGUGUCAUGGGAGAAUACCUCACCAAGAGAGUCAAGGAACAAAUGCUCAAAAAAAUCCUCUCUUUCGAGAUUGGUUGGUAUGACGGUGAUAAGAAUUCCAGUGGGGCUAUAUGCUCACAGCUUGCCAAGGAUGCCAACGCUGUGAGGUCUCUAGUGGGUGACCGGAUGGCGCUGGUGAUCCAGACAGCUUCUGCAGUUAUUAUUGCUUGUACCAUGGGUCUGGUCAUUGCCUGGCGCCUGGCCCUUGUCAUGAUAGCGGUGCAGCCUCUCAUCAUUGUCAGUUAUUAUGCUCGCCAUGUCUUACUCAAGAGCAUGUCCAAGAAAUCAAUAGACGGACAAUCCGAAAGUAGCAAGCUAGCUGCCGAGGCUGUCUCCAAUCUCCGUACGAUCACGGCCUUCUCAUCCCAGGAACGCAUCUUAGGCCUCUUCAACCAAGCACAAAAUGGACCACGUAAGGAGAGCAUCCGGCAGUCAUGGAUUGCAGGCCUUGGCCUCGGAACUUCCAUGAGCCUGAUGGUAUGCACAUGGGCGCUUGACUUCUGGUUUGGUGGCAGGCUCAUAGCUCAGAACCAUAUUACUGCCAAGGAACUUUUCCAAACCUUCAUAAUUCUAGCAAGCACAGGGCGUGUGAUUGCUGAUGCAGGUGCCAUGACAACAGACCUACGCAAGGGUGCCGAUGCAAUUGCUUCAGUAUUUUCUGUUCUUGACCGGGUAACAAAAAUUGACCCCGACAACCUUGAGGGAUACAAGCCAGAGAAGCUCAAAGGUGAGGUGGACAUCACAGGAGUCGAGUUUGCAUACCCUUCAAGGCCAGAUGUGAUCAUCUUCAAAGGAUUUUCAUUAAGCAUUCAAGCAGGCAAGUCAACAGCCCUGGUUGGGCAAAGUGGCUCUGGCAAGUCGACCGUCAUUGGGCUUAUAGAGCGGUUCUAUGACCCGAUUGGGGGAAUGGUAAAGAUUGACGGCAGGGACAUCAAAACAUAUAAUCUUCGAGCCCUGCGACAACACAUUGGACUGGUCAGCCAGGAGCCAACUCUAUUUGCAGGCACAAUCAGAGAAAACAUUGUCUAUGGCACAAAAACUGCAAGUGAGGCGGAAAUUGAGAAUGCAGCAAGGUCCGCCAAUGCACAUGACUUCAUCAGCAACCUUAAGGAUGGAUAUGGCACAUGGUGUGGUGAGAGAGGUGUUCAGCUGUCAGGAGGGCAGAAGCAGCGCAUUGCAAUUGCCCGUGCCAUCCUGAAGAACCCAGCUAUCUUGCUACUGGAUGAGGCUACAAGUGCGCUGGACAGCCAGUCAGAGAAGGCAGUACAGGAGGCCCUGGAGCGAGUGAUGGUUGGCAGGACAAGCGUGGUGGUGGCACACCGGCUCAGCACAAUCCAAAACAAUGACCUAAUAAUUGUGCUCAACAAAGGAAUUGUUGUGGAAAAGGGCACACACACGUCCCUCAUGUCAAAGGGUCUCUCAGGAACAUACUAUGGCUUGGUUAGUUUGCAACAAGGAGGCAACACGAACUGA